CCGCAACACUAACCCGCAUCUCUCGACAUACAUAGCAAAACUCUCUACAACCAUCGCGAACUCCCCCUCGGCCUUGUCGCGGCACUCUACCAUCACUUCGUUGCACACAUUCUCUCGCUACUUCGUCUCGCCGUUCGAGCGCUCCUCCAUCAGGCCGCCGCAGCACACCUUCCUCCACAACAAGCCGUUCUUCUGCGCGGGGCGGGUUCCCUAAACAUGUCCUCCCGCAAGAAGGUUCUGCUCAAGGUUAUCAUCCUCGGCGACAGCGGGGUAGGAAAGACGAGCUUAAUGAACCAAUACGUCAAUAAGAAAUUCAGCGCAAGUUACAAGGCAACGAUAGGCGCCGAUUUCCUCACGAAGGAGGUGCUGGUGGACGAUAGGUUGGUGACGAUGCAGCUCUGGGAUACUGCAGGACAAGAACGAUUUCAGUCCUUGGGCGUCGCCUUCUAUCGCGGGGCCGAUUGCUGCGUCUUGGUGUACGACGUGAAUAAUUCGAAGAGUUUCGACGCGCUAGACAGCUGGAGAGACGAGUUCUUGGUGCAAGCGAGCCCUAUGGACCCUGAGAGCUUCCCCUUUGUUGUAAUUGGCAACAAGAUCGACGUAGAGGAGAGCAAGAGGAUGAUAUCUUCUAAGCGAGCCAUGACCUUCUGCCAGUCGAAGGGAAACAUCCCAUAUUUCGAAACAAGCGCCAAGGAGGCUAUCAACGUUGAGCAAGCUUUCGAAGUGAUCGCUAGACAGGCGCUGGCACAGGAGGAAGUUGGCGACUUCAACUCCGACUUCCCCGAAACGAUUCCCAUUGAUCUCAAAGGAGAACAGAGCGGGUGUGCAUGCUAGCAGUAAUGCACAGACAGUUUCGACUGCCUUGGGAAUGAUGUCGAGCAGGCGUUUCCUCUUAAUACGCUGAACUUGUACACGCGGUUGCACAUAUCUUUCUGUAUGCUUCUUGGUGUUUUGGAGCUAGGUGGGCUGCAUUGUGCGGCUUUUACCGUUGUUCUUCCAACAGAUACCUGCAUAGAGUAUGAGCUCUACCAUGUAUGGAUGUAAUUGAAUCACGACCUGAUGUUUUUCGCUGAAAAACAACCAAUCGUACUUCCGUC